UGCUGUUCUGUUUUUGUUAGCAACAAAAAGUUUGAAGAAUAAUGUAAAUAGAACUUUUACAAGGGAAAAGAAAGCUGAUAUCUUUAAGCAUACAUUGGAAGCAUUAUUAAUUUUCAUGAUCAAAAUUUGUAUCAAGCCAAAAGUUUUAUUUAUUUGAAAUUUUUUUGUUUUUUUAAUUUUUGAAAAUGAAGGUUGUUGCUUUAAUCAGUGGGGGUAAAGACAGCUGUUACAAUAUGAUGCAGUGUGCUGCUCAAGGACAUGAAAUAGUUGCUCUGGCAAAUUUGAAGCCUAAAGAAGAUGAGAUGGACAGUUACAUGUACCAAAGUGUUGGUCACAAUGCUGUAGAGUAUUAUGCUUCUGCUAUGGAUUUGCCAAUGUUUCAACAAAGUAUUGAAGGCAAACCUAUCAAUCAAGAUUUUGGUUAUCAACCUACAGAAGGAGAUGAAGUGGAGGAUUUAUAUAAAUUACUGAAAAAAGUGAAGGAUUCAGUAGAAGUUCAGGGAGUAUCAGUGGGAGCCAUAUUUUCAGACUACCAGAGACUUAGAGUUGAAAAUGUGUGUGAACGUUUAGGUUUGCAAGUUUUAGCAUAUUUGUGGCAUAGAGAUCAAGAUGAAUUACUUCAAGAAAUGAUUGAUAAUAAAAUCCAUGCUAUUAUCAUCAAAGUUGCAGCUUUAGGUUUGGAUCCAAAAAUUCACUUGGGAAUGACAUUGGAAGAAAUACAACCACAUAUGCGUGCCAUGCAUCAAAAAUUUGGUCUUAAUAUUUGUGGAGAAGGAGGAGAAUUUGAAACUUUCACUCUAAACUGUCCUUUAUUCAAGAAAAAACUUAUUGUGUUAGAAAAAGAAAUUGUUAUUCACUCCAAUGAUGCCUUUGCACCUGUUGGAUACUUAAUAUUGAAAAAAAUAGCCCUUUCUGACAAGAAUAUGGAAUGAUGAAAUAAUCUGAAGAAACACAAAUGAAAGGAAGGAUCUUUUCAAGAAGAAUCAUAUGAUAGAAAAUGAUGUAAAUAAAUGAAAAACGUUUACUGUGAUACUAUGAAAAUGCUUUGUGUGUUUUCAUUUAGCAGUUAUAUUUGUUUUGAUGAAGGGAGUAUGAUUAAUAUACAAAUAGUAUCAUUAGAAGUUUUAGAAGUCUAAGAAGAGCAUGGUAAGUCCUCUUCUAAAAGCAUCAGAUUUUAUUAACUAUUCAACUGACGAUUAACAUUUUAUUUUUGCUGAAAGCAAAAUAUCAUGUUUGUACUAAGCAAGUAAUUGCAUUAAUAUUUUAAAACUAUUUUGCUUUUAAUAACUCUUCUUUUAAUACUGAACUACGAAUUAUUUUCAUGAUCUUAGCAUAGAUACUUUGUAGUACUUUGGUUUUACAGACCCCAAAUAUCGCAUAUAUUUUAGCUAAUUAUUGUUGUAUAAUUCAAAUUUCAAAAAAAAAAAAUAUAUUUGUAAUUUUAAGUUUUCUUUCAGAUAAUUAAAAAAAAAAAAAGGAGGUGGCCCAUGAAUAGGCAUAGGAGAUGAAUGAAAUCUGAAAUUUCACUUAUAAACAUAAUUUAGUUUUUCAAUAUUUAUUAAAUGAGAGAGUAUUAGAUAUUAAUUCUUUGAUUUGUUUUGUUUUAUGUUUUGGCUGAUUUCUCUUUAAACGACUUUUAAAAAAUCUUAAAAGCAGAUUCAAGGCAUUGAUAUCCAUAUUUUUAGUGCUGUAUGUUAAAAAUAAUACUUGUGUAAUUUUACUGAAUGGAAGUAAAAAUUGAUGAAAUUUGUUAUUAUCUAUUUUUAUAUUUGCUUUCAAAAUUCUGAAAUGUUUGCUUAUAUAAUUUGCGUUUGCCAUUUUAAAAAAAUGUGCGCAUACUUUGAUAUAUGUGGGAGAUUUUAACUAUUUCAGGCAUUUUUUAAAAAAUUUGUUUUAGAGGGGAAAAUAUUGGUGUUAGAAAGUUUAUACACAUCAUAUGAUUUUAUUUUAAUGUAAUUUGGAAAAAAUUUUGUUUAAAAUGAUCUCUACUUAAUUAUGAUGUUUUAUUUUCUAAAAAUAGUAAAUUGUGUAUGAGUUCAUAAGUGAUAAACUGCUAUAUGCAGUUGUACAUAUGCAAGAAAAUGAAUUUGUUCAUAUAGCUAUUGAGUUUAUUAAUCGACAGACUUUAUUUUAAAAUUUCUAUCAGAUAAAAGCAAACAUGAAUAUAUUUACUCAUUCACGCUUUAAUAUGGCAAAAAAGAUUCCAAAGAAUAUGAAAAAUUAUAUACAUUUUUAUCAUACAAGAAGUUUACAAUUCCAAUAUAUUUAAUAUAGGAGUUUUUCUUUCAUAUGGAAGAAGCUUAUUUUGAAUAAAUGCUAACUGUGGUAGAUUAAUUUUAGGAAUUAGAUGUAUAACAUUUUUAACAUUGUCUUCCAUAUGUUUUCAAAGAGACUUAUGAUUAGGCUAUUUAUAAUUUAUUGAUGGGCAAGGUUUUAUUUCAUUUUUAUUACUUUUUAGUAAGGUUAGUUGAGUGAUUUUAUAUUUACAUACUAAGAAAUAGAAUUUAUUAUUUUUUUUAUGGAUAAUUUUAGCUUUUUUAGAAGUUUUAUACAUGCCAGUUUUUUAAAUCUUUUUUUUUUAGAUAAAAAGUAUGCUUAUAUUUGCCUAUGUUUUAAAUGUUGUAAUGAAUUGUUUCCUUCCUUCGAAUAUUUGUGGAUGUUUCCAAUCUAAACUUUAUUUAUUUUUGUAAAUAAAUAUGUGCCUUCUUUUUUAUGAAUCAUUUUUUGUUGUAUCCAAUUGGGAUGUAUUGUAAAGAUCAUUAAACACACAAAGAAUUUUCUUCAUUAAUGCCUUAAUAUUGAUCAUCAUUGUUAUUUAAACAUUAUUUUUUGCUGUUGUCAGUAAGUGAUUUAGAAAAUCUGUCUUGCACUUCAAUGAUCGUCAGUAAAUAAAACAGGUUUUUAAAAUUUAUUAUUGUGUAUGGUCGUCGCCGAUAUUUGUGUAAAUAUCCACCAAUACUUUUCUACUUUCUUAUGUUUAUAAAUCGCCAUGUUUGACUUUGUGGACACGUACAAUUUUACUCAUAGUUAAAGAGUUAAAAGAAGAGAGGAAGGAACAUUAGGUAUUUUAAGAUAAUACAGCUUAAAGUUGCUUAUCAAUUUGACUUUCAUAAGCAAUACUAUGUUUUAAUAAAGUAUAUAUUUAAUAAGUAUGAAGUUAUGUUAAAUAAGUAUAAUCUUUCUGUCACUUGGUUACCCUGACUGCUAUUAAUAAUAUUAUUUAUUUUUUUAAUUUUAAAAUGAAUUUUAUGCAAAUAAUUUCUUAAAAUAAAAAUGACAUAUUUAUUUCUUUAUGCCCUUUGGUUUUAUUGCCAAUCAAUCGAGAUAUAUUGCUAAAAUGAUUGCAUUAUGUAUAAUGGAGUUUGAUGGUCUUAAUGUAAUCUGAAAAUCACCAAGUAAACUUGAGGACCGUAAAAAUAAACAAGUAUCCGUUUAUCCUUAUUACACAUAUUACAUGUAUAUGUUACUGAAAAUGUUUUCCUCCUAAUUUAGUCUGCUUAGUUCGGAAGAGAAGAUUUCUAUUUUUUUAAAAAUGAGUUUUACAAUUUGAAAAUUAAAAUUUUAAUUAUGCAUAUGUAAGUAGAUUCCUCCCCCCCCCCUCUUCCAUCUUAUAAUCAGAAAACUAGAUUAGAAAAUUAGAUUUCAUGCUGAUGGUAAAAUUGCACACAUUCCAACAUUUAUAACAUUUUUUAUGAAUAUGCAUAUAAAGUGAUUACUUAUCACACAUUUUAUAUAAAAAAAGGAAAAUAUUAAUUAUUCAUGAUAUGGAAAAUAUGAAUCUACAGCCAUGUGUUAUACUUUGGCUUACCUAGUAACUAAGUAGUAUUGAAAAUGACUGCAUUUCAUUAACAUACAAUUGAUUCAGAAGAUUUUAAAAAGUGUUGGGGUAUUGUUUAUUUUUUAGAAUUCCCAGGUUCACUUGGUGGUUUUCUGUUUAUACAAAGUUCACAAAGCUCUUUUAUACAUAUUGCAGUCGUCAUAGUGAUAUGUAUUAGUUGCUUGAUGAUAGAACCCGGGGGAGUUAACAAUAAAUAAUUACCAAUGGGGCUAAAUGUGUAGUAAAUAUUAGAUAUA